AUACAGCUAGGUUGUUUAACAAAUAAAAACACUUUAAUAGCCAUAAUACUCGACAAAAUUUCGCGACUGACAAGAGAUCAUAAACUCGUCACACUGCACACAUCAUUUAACGAGCCAUUAAAAUUGCAUAAAAUAGACUUUUUCGGAACAACUUCCCGAAAACAACUGACACACAUAAUAAACCUCAACCUCCUCAGCUGUUUACUGACAAUUCUCACAACAAAAUCAUAAUUAAUACCAAAAAAAAAAAAAAAAACAUAACAUUAAAAUCACCUUGGACCCAACAAAAGAUCUACGCUGUCGCGGCCGCAGUCUCAUUUUAAAUUCAACUCAACUCUACUCAAAACCAAACAACUUUUUUAAAAAAAGAUCAUUUUUCUUUGUGUCAGUUUGCUGCAAUUGGAAUUCACAUCUCACCCAAACCCAAUUACCCGCAAUUUCAUUUGGAAAGUAACCACAAAAAUAAGAAAAGUAAAAACGAAAAGUGCAAACCGUCUGCCUAAUUAGCCAAAGACUCACAGUCUCUGUUAAUCAACCGUGCUGGGACUGUUAAUGCUCUGUUAUCUGACUGUUAUCGAGUGGAUCGCAUUAAUAUCGCAAAAUGAAUGAUGCUGCUGCCCCUGGCCACAGUCCAACAGCCUUGAACUCUACUCAGAGUGCCUCCAAGGACGUAAAGCUCAACAUCGAGGCAACCCAGGACACAUCCAAUGCAGCCAAGAAAACUAGUUGCCUUCGCUGGCUGCUGUUCCUGCUAUUGACGCCACUUGGAGCAGCAGGCACAGCUUUGCUCUGGUACUAUCAGGGCGCCUACUAUGGACUGCUUGGGGUCUAUGGCAGCCUCGUGCUGCUGCUGUUGGUUAAGCCUGGCUUCCGCUGGUUCUACAUAGCAGCAGUGACGACUCCCCGCGACACCAUCGCUCUGAUUGCCUACAUACGCGUGAUGUUGUUUGUGAAGCGGCAGGAACGUAAGAACCUCAAUGUGGGCGACAUCUUCGAGGCGAAUGUGGCACAGUAUCCCGACAAGCUGGCGAUUGUCAGCGAGACGCAACAAUGGACGUUCCGCCAACUGAACGAACAUGCAAAUCGUGUGGCGAAUGUCUUCCACAGCCAUGGCUACAAAAAGGGCGACGUGGUGGGGUUGCUGAUGGAGAAUCGCUGCGAGUUCGUUGCCACCUGGCUGGGACUCUCGAAACUAGGUGUCAUCACGCCGCUCAUCAACACAAAUUUGCGCGGUCCUUCGCUGCAGCACAGCAUCAAGGUGGGCAACUGCACUGCACUCAUCUACAGCGUUGGCUACCGCACAGCUGUCAUGGAUAUAGCCAAGGAUUUGCCCGCUCAUGUGGCGUUGUAUCAGUUCAACGAUGGCGUGCACUCCCCCGAAGCAACCGAUGGCCUCACUCAGGGUCUGGCACAGCAACUGAAUCCACUGCUAGAUGCUGCAGCCAAGGAUAAAGUGGCUGCAGGUGCUACGCGGGCAGAUCACCAGGAUAAGCUUGUCUACAUCUACACAUCGGGCACCACAGGACUGCCCAAGGCAGCUGUCAUUACCCACUCACGCUAUUUCUUCAUUGCCGCUGGAAUACACUAUACCUUGGGCUUCCGGGAUAAUGAUGUGUUCUACACUCCGCUGCCACUAUAUCAUACAGCUGGCGGCGUGAUGAGCAUAGGACAGGCGUUGCUCUUCGGCUCCACUGUUGUCAUCCGCAAGAAAUUCAGUGCGUCGGGAUACUUUGAAGACUGUGCGCGCUUUAACUGCACGGUCUCACAAUACAUUGGCGAGAUGGCCCGUUAUAUAUUGGCCACUCCAGAGGCGCCGCAUGACCGGCAGCAUCGAGUGCGGAUGGUCUUUGGCAAUGGGUUGCGUCCCCAGAUCUGGACACGGUUCGUGGAGCGCUUUAAGAUUGCCAAGGUGGGCGAAUUCUAUGGAGCAACUGAGGGCAAUGCGAAUAUCAUGAACAACGACAGCACUGUGGGAGCCAUUGGAUUUGUCUCACGCAUACUGCCCCAGAUAUAUCCCAUUUCGGUGAUCCGAGCUGAUCCCCACACUGGCGAACCCAUUCGCAACAAGAAGGGACUAUGCGAGUUGUGCGGCGUACAGGAACCGGGCGUCUUCAUUGGGAAGAUUGUGAAGGGCAAUCCGUGCCGAGAGUUUCUUGGCUACGUCGACACGAAGGCCUCCUCCAAGAAAGUCGUGCACGAUGUCUUCUGCAAGGGUGACAUGGCAUUUAUAUCUGGGGACCUAUUAGUGGCCGACGAGCGUGGUUACUUGUACUUUAAGGAUCGCACGGGUGACACGUUCCGUUGGAAGGGCGAGAAUGUCUCCACCAGCGAAGUGGAAGCGCAGCUAAGCAAUCUCGUUGGCUAUAAGGACACCAUUGUCUAUGGUGUGAGCAUACCGCAGACAGAGGGACGUGCAGGCAUGGCGGCCAUAUAUGAUCCAACGCGAGAGGUGAAUGUAGCAACAUUAGGAUCUCAGCUGGCGGCAACCUUACCUAACUAUGCGCGCCCGAUAUUCCUGCGCUUCCUGCGACGAAUUGAUCUUACUGGAACGUUCAAGCUGCGCAAGGUGGAGCUGCAACAACAGAGCUUUAAUCCCGCAGCCAGCGAGGAUGAGUUGCACUAUCUGCAGCCAAAUGGCAGCUACGCACCCUUGACACAAGCCAUUUACGAGAGCAUACAGCGCAAUGAGAUGCGCUUCUGAGGAUCAUCAUAAUAUGUGUAGACUAAUUGUGUACAUGGUGCUGCACUUAGGAUGGGUUACCAUUUAUAAAGCUUCAUCGGUUUCAUUACAGCUCCUAGCACAUACAUGUCAUAGUUAUACAAAUAGCUUAGACUUAGCUUUAGCUUUAGGUUUAGUUAAUGGAUUCGUGUAUUGUGCUAGCGUAUUAAAUAAAUCUUAUAGGCGAACA